GAAGAGCCCUGAGGGCAGCGGGGUCAGGUGGGAAUCAGAGCCCCUGGUAAAGGGCUGCCCUACACUGUCCCUGCCUGAGACAGCAGUGCCGCUGCAGAGCUGCCCUGUGCUGGGUCUGGCCCCUGUCCUGUCCCUGCUAGGUGUGGUGGCAUCAGGAUGGGGACCAAAGCCUGGGGAUGGCAGGAGGGCAAUGCCAUUGAAGUUGAUCCUGGGGUGCUGGGAGGGAGGAGGUGGUGAUGUGGUGUCCCAUCCUGUCCCCACGCUUGGACUCUGACACAAGAGCUGCAGAACAUGUGGUGUGCCAGGGGAUACUCAUUGCUACCAGGUCACUGCAUGGAACAGUGCCCCAAGACUUGGGGAGCUGGUGACUGUGAGGUGCUCAGCUACAUCUGCUCUGUGCUGGAGAGCACAGUGGGCAAAGGUUCUGGAGUGAGGGUGGCACAGCUGGGAGGUGGCAGCAAUGGUUUCUCGAAGGCUGUGGGACCGGGGUGGUGCUGUGCAUGUCCCCCACAGGACCGCAGCCCUUUGCUUCCUCCUUUGCUGCACCCUUCUCCUUUCCCCAUCAGACAGAGGGAAGUGCCUUUUGGGGGCUUCCCUGUACAAUUGCUGCAGUUCUUACUGACCUUCCUUUGGGGGAGAGUCUGACUUUUGCUUUUAUGGAGCCUGAUCUGUUGGUGUGAACAGGGCUGUGGGCACCUGACUGUGCUGGAGUGGGAGCUGUGGGUGUGGGGCUUUUGGUGCUGUUGCAACGGCCCCACUUCUCCCCCCCUGACACACACACACAGGAUGGGUUGCGUUAAGUCAAAGGAAGAUAGCGUCCAAGAGAAGAUGCAGUUAGGCCAUGAAAAGAAGGACCCCACGUCUGGCAGCAAGCAAGUAAGUAGGAGAUACGGUGUCCUGGGGGGCACAGGGGGCAUGGAGCAACCUGGGUGGCAGCAGACACAGGGCUGGGGUGGGCAAUGAGGUGAGAGUGAAGGGUCUGUCCCAGCCCACAUUGAUGAGAAUAAAGGAAUGUGGGCAGUCAGGGAGAAAUGAAGGUGUUGAGGAAGGAGACGCUGCCAGUGCAAGGUGAGCUGGAGCUGGACAAGUGUCCAAGACCCCCCCAGGUCCCACUGUGUACCACCAUGACACUCCCCUGUUUGUCAUUCCAUUUGCAGCAUGAUGAACACAGAGUGCCUGAGCCCCCACCGGCGGAUGGCUCAGGUGACACCGUGGUGCUGGCACUAUAUGACUACGAGGCGAUGCACUCUGGGGACCUGAGCUUCCAGAAAGGAGAGCGGCUGCAGGUCCUGGAGCAGUCGGGAGAGUGGUGGCGGGCACGGUCACUGGUGACAGGGCUUAAGGGCUUCAUCCCCAGCAACUUCGUCGCCCGAGCUAACUCACUGGAGGCAGAAGAGUGGUUCUUCAAGGAUAUCAGCCGGAAGGAUGCAGAGCGGCAGCUGCUCGGCCCUGGGAACACAUUGGGAUCUUUCAUGAUUCGGGACAGUGAGACAACCAAAGGUUGCUAUUCCUUAUCUGUGCGGGAUGGGGACAGCCUGCAGGGAGGCAGCAUCAAGCACUACAGGAUCCGGACACUGGAUAGUGGUGGCUUCUACAUCUCCUCACGCAGCAGCUUCGACACCCUGCAGGAGCUGGUGGAGCACUACAAGGGGCAGAGCGAUGGGCUGUGCCAGAGGCUCACCUACCCCUGCAGUGUGCCCAAACCACAGAAACCCUGGGAAAAAGAUGCCUGGGAGAUUCCUCGGGAGUCAUUGAAGCUGGAGAAGAAGCUGGGAGCUGGGCAGUUUGGAGAAGUGUGGAUGGCAACGUACAACAAGCACACCAAGGUGGCAGUGAAGACAAUGAAACCCGGCAGCAUGUCAGUGAGUGCCUUCCUGGAGGAGGCGAAUCUGAUGAAGGGCCUGCAGCACGACAAGCUGGUGAGGCUGCACGCCGUGGUCACCAGGGAGGAGCCCAUAUACAUCAUCACCGAGUUCAUGGAGAAAGGGAGCCUGCUGGAUUUCCUGAAGAGUGAGGAAGGCAACAAGCAGACACUGCCAAAGCUGAUCGACUUCUCUGCACAGGUCGCAGAAGGAAUGGCUUUUAUCGAGAAGAGGAACUACAUCCACAGAGAUUUGAGAGCUGCCAACAUUCUGGUCUCAGAGAUACUGGUGUGCAAAAUUGCUGAUUUUGGAUUAGCCAGGAUCAUUGAAGACAAUGAGUACGUAGCUCGGGAAGGUGCCAAGUUUCCCAUUAAAUGGACUGCACCAGAAGCAAUCAACUAUGGAUCAUUCACUAUCAAAUCUGAUGUCUGGUCCUUUGGGAUCCUCCUGACUGAGAUCGUUACCUACGGGCGCAUCCCAUACCCAGGCAUGUCGAGUGCGGAGGUGAUCAGAGCAUUGGAGCACGGCUACCGCAUGCCCCGCACAGAGAACUGUCCUGAGGAGCUCUACGAUGUCAUGAUGAGAUGCUGGAAGACCAGACCAGAGGAUCGGCCCACCUUUGAGUACAUGCAGAGCAUCCUGGAGGAUUUCUUUACUGCGACGGAGGGACAGUACCAGAAACAGGCAUAGAACAGUACCAGAAACAGGCAUAGAA